AUGGGAAAGAUUCCAAAGGAGCUUGGCCUCUUGUCAAAGUUAAGGGUUUUUAUCAUCCACUCUAACCACUUUACAGGAGGAGUCCCUACUUCUUUUAGCAAUUUAUCAUCUCUUGAAGUGUUCUCCGCAACUACUAAUAAUUUGAGUGGCACUGUCCCGGAUAUUUUUGGACGAAUGACCAAUCUUAGCUUUCUUUCUUUCGGCCUAAAUAGCUUUUCGGGUAUGCUUCCUCCCUCAAUCUUUAAUCUCUCUUCUCUCACAAUCCUUUCUAUGGGAGGGAAUGAAAUCCAAGGGAGUCUACCCUCAAACUUAGGUAUGGUCUUUCCGAGUCUCCAAACAUUUUUUAUUUACAUUAACCAAUUCAGUGGAUCUAUUCCUGUUUCAUUAUCAAAUGCCUCAAAUCUAUUUAGAUUGGGGAUCGGAGGUAACCACCUGCAUGGAAAAGUCCCUCCAUUGACGAAUUUGCAUAAGCUUGAGUUGUUAGAACUUGCUGACAACCAUCUCGGAAGUGGGGGAAUUGAUGACUUGACCUUUCUCUGCGAUUUGACCAACGCCACCCAUUUAGAAAUUCUCUCAAUGUUUACCAACAAUUUUUGGGGCACGUUACCUCAGUGCAUAGGAAACCUGUCUUCUACUCUUCAAAUCUUCAAUAUAGAUCAAAAUAAAAUAUUAGGAAGUAUCCCGAAUGAGAUUGUAAAUCUGGCUAACUUAGAGCUUUUGGGGAUGAGGGAGAACCAAUUUUCAGGUCACAUUCCCCCUGGUCUGGGAAAGCUGCACAAGUUAUAUCAAUUAACUUUUGAUGGGAACUCUCUCUCUGGCAAUCUUCCAUCCUCUUUCAGAAAUUUAAGUCAAUUAAAUGUGUUAAGCUUAGCAGGCAACAAACUUAAAGGCAAUAUCCCGCCGAGUUUAGCAGAGUGUCAGAAUUUGAGGAUCUUAGAUCUUGGUGCCAACAAUUUUAGCGGUAUCAUAUCGCAAGAAAUCUUUGGUCUGCUGAACUUGUAUGAAUUGAGUUUAGGACAAAAUCAGUUUAUAGGCUCCCUGCCAGAGAACAUAGGAGUUUUAAUAAAUCUAGAGUAUUUAGAUAUAUCUGAUAACAUGUUAUUCGGGCAUGUUGCCGAUCAAAGGAGUGUUCAAGAAUGCAACGGCGACAUCAGUUGA